AUGCAGUAUUUUCUCCCAAAUUCCUUAUUUAUUUCUUUUCUAAUAAGGUGCAUUGAAAGCAAUUACUUAUCUCAACUCCUAUAAUUUUUGACUUAAUAUACAUAAAAAGUUCAAUUGAGCUAAUAUAAUGUAAUUAUAUAUAAGCGACCAAUCUAUGUGAACUAUCUAAUCAUAUCGGAAAUAAAUCUGUCUUUUAGGAAAAAGAUAUUAAAUCUUUUAGGGAAAUUAGUUUGCUUCUUUUGA